AUGCAACAUCUCAAAUUUAUUCAUAAAUUGCAUUCCAUUUUAAGUCGACCUGAAUUACAAGAAUGGAUUUUUUGGUCAAAACAAGAUAGUUCAGUAUUCGUGGUAAAACCAUACGAUCCAAAAUUUAGCUCCCAAGUUUUAAAGAAAUAUUUUAAACAUGGUAAUGUUAGUAGUUUUGUUAGACAAUUGCAUAUGUAUGGAUUUCACAAAAUCUCAUCAAAUCAUAACGGGGAUAAUAUUACACUUGUAAAUAAAGCUGAUAUCAAAUGGUCAUUUACACAUCCAUCCGGAUAUUUCCAUAAAAAUGCAUAUUCAUUAACAUUAAAUAAUAUUCAAAGAAAGAGAACUGGUCUAGGGAAAGAUGGAAAGAGAAAGAAUAUUUUAUCUCCAGUGUCAGUAAAUUUUAUUCACCCCUCUAACCAACGGCAACAGCAACAGCAACAACUUCCGAAUGAUCCAAUGAGUAUCAACCAAAAUGGACGUAAUAUGAUACCUCCAAAUAUACCGAGCGUUGGUAGUUAUUUAAUGGCGCCGGGUCAAAGUAUCGAACAUCAUGAAACACAACAGCAGCAACAACAAAUUAUGAAUGGUAAACGACUGAUUGUCAAUAAUUGUAAUUCUAAUGGAUAUACUACCGCAGAAGAGAAUAUGGCUGGCUCAAAUAAUGGUGGUGGCAUGCCAGGAUCCAUAUAUAUUGUAGAUCCAUAUCAAAAUGUAGCGAACCCUACCAUCGAUAUAAACGAAAAUAGACCAAUGAAUUAUCAGGGACAACCAGUUACAAGAAAUCCAGUUCUAACCAAUUCUCAAGUAGUUCCUUAUCCUCCAGCGAUACCAAUGGAACAGCCAAAUACUUUUCGUCAAUAUUAUCAACCAACGUCAUAUAGUGUCGACCUACAACAACCACGACAAAUGGGUACGACGACAACACUGCCGCCUUAUUUAAAUUACCCUAAAAACGGAGGUUUAUCACACGGCCCAACUCAUAUGAAAUCAUUAGUGGGAUAUAGCUCUACGUCAGACCAUCACGGGUAUGAAACAGGCUCAAAUACCUCCGGUAAGAAACGAGAAUCAAUAACAAUAUCUGAUAUAAACAACGUAACUACCGAUAGAAUCUCCGACUCCCCCCUCGUAUCGCACCAAAACAUAAAGCUCGUACCACCGUUAUCAAUAACACAUAGUCUUACAGAUAAAACUGCAAAUACACCAAUAUUUACUUCUUCCUCUACUGACACAAUUGGAACAAUAAUUCCACCUUCACGAUUGCCAUUAGCUGAGAUGGAAGAAUACAAAAUUUAUCGAGAAGUAUGUGACGGGAAAUUGAAAAAUUUAGAUAAUAACAUGGCCGUUGUUAUCAAAAGUAUCUUAGAAGUGAGAGAACGAGUAGAUUUUUUAUCACAACAACAAGAUACUAGUAGUCCUAAGAAGAAGAAAAAAGGUAUCUCUGACAUUAAGGAAGAAAACCGUAACAGCACAAAAAGUCUAGAAAAACUAUUUGAAAAAAAUAUUCCAAUUACACUCGAGGAGUUAGAUCGUUUGAAUGAAUUUUUAAACGAUAUGAAUUCAUUAUUCAAUAAAUACGAAGAUUUGUUGAAGUGA